UGAAUCCGAUAGCGGCUUUGGGAAGCGGCAUAAAAUAGGCGAUGUGCGGUUGAACGAGCGUUAGUUUCGAAUGUUUGUAUUUCAGUCAUCGUACGUAACUGUGACCCAGACACGCCUCUAUUAAUUAAGUCGGAAAAAUUAACAAUGUGUUCAUUUCAGUGAUAAUAACGUUCGGAUCGAUAUUUUAGGGCGAGAACUUUAUUUUAAUGUUACCGGUAAAAAUACUUUAUUACGUGAACUAAUUUGGAUUGUUUGUGUUAGUCGACCCACCUGUGAUAUCAAUCGUUUUCGGCGAGAGUUUAAAUUUUGGUUAUUUUAAUACCUUCAAUAAAGAUCCCACGAUGGCGCAUUUAGUAACCAGUGUGAUAGACAAGUACCACGAUAUUUUGGAUAAUCAAAGUGAUCCCCGAGUGAAAGGAUGGCCGAUGAUGUCUAGUCCAUUUCCAACCUUAAUCAUCUGUAUGUUUUACGCUUAUUUUUCCAAAGUGCUCGGCCCGAGAUUAAUGGAGAAUCGGAAACCGUUUCAUCUUAGGAAUGUUUUAAUUAUUUACAAUUUAGUACAAACUAUUUUCAGUAGUUGGAUAUUUUACGAGUACCUCAUGAGUGGCUGGUGGGGUAGCUAUAGCUUUAGGUGUCAGCCGGUGGAUUAUUCUUAUAGUCCGCUAGCUCUAAGGAUGGCAAGAACUUGUUGGUGGUAUUACUUUUCGAAGUUCACCGAAUUCUUCGAUACCCUGUUCUUUAUUUUAAGAAAAAAGAAUAGCCACGUAUCGACGCUGCAUGUGAUACAUCACGGCUGUAUGCCGUUUUCUGUAUGGAUGGGCAUGAAAUUCGCUCCAGGUGGACAUAGUACCUUCUUCGCAUUGCUCAACACUUUCGUCCACAUCAUUAUGUACUUCUACUACAUGGUGUCGGCGAUGGGUCCCCAAUAUCAAAAGUUUAUAUGGUGGAAAAAGUAUUUAACUAGCUUGCAGAUGCUGCAGUUUGUUGCGAUCUUUUCGCAUCAGCUGCAGCUGUUGUUCACGGAAUGCGACUACCCGAAGGGGUUCAUGGUUUGGAUAGCCCUGCACGGAUUCCUGUUUCUCUUUUUGUUUUCCGAUUUCUACAAAGUUAGCUAUUCAAGGGACAAGAAAAAACUCAAGACUUCCAACAACGGUGCUUGUAUGCCCGUCCUGGAAGAAGAGAACGCAAACGGCACGACGACGACGAAACCUUUCACAAACGGCGCCGCCAACGGUGUCGUCAACAAGCUGUCAAACGGCAACGGGGUAACGAACGGCACGUUCAAGAGCUCAUACGAAAGCGACAUUUCAAAAUCGUAUGGGUUGAGUUACGCCAACGGCAGCGCGCACGGUUUCGCACAGCACAACGGCAAAAAGAUCGACUAAAUCGUAAUCGUUUAUUUUCUAUUUUCCAUUAAUUACUUCGCCGCUAGGUAUUUACGCAAAUUUAUUUUGCGCGGUUCGGUAACGAUAGAUAAUUUAUUCGCUUCAUCGGCACUCAUCGUUUUCACCCGAGUCAUUUCGAUGGGAUUCUUUUUUUUUGUCUUCAUUAGACGGAAAUUUUGGUGGGUGUAAAUUGUCCCGGCGUUAUGCUGUAUAUGAUUUAUAAACGAAGUUGACGUUUGGAAAACGCCGUUUAUAGCCCGGUCAAAAUGGAGGUUUCAAACAAAAACACUGACUCAUCUCUGUGGGCCCCUUGGAUUUAUGGGCCACAGAAUUAAUACUCCUAGUUGGCUGGUAUAUAAGAAUACACAAACCGAUUCACUCAUGGAGAAAGAGAGACAGAACGUUCAUGCGUUAGAAAUUAAUAAUCAAUAAUUCGCAAUAAUCUAAAAGGUUGCACUUGUGCAUGUAUGCUAUCAAACUUAACUGUGCAUUAUAAUAUCAAGAUUUUUCGUAUGAAAUCGAAUCAAUAAAAAAAAAACACGAGACAGCGUCUAAUGGAAGGCAUCUGAAAUAUACUACCUCUACAAAUAUCGCUCAAAUUUCAAAUCGCUAAAGAAAACCUAAGGACGUAAAUCUAUAGACAAACUUUUUACCUAGAAAAUACAUACAAAUAUUUUUUCUGAUGUAGACGGUUACUCAUAUAAGCCUGUGCUGCUUUAAUAUAUUGUUAAUAUGUAUUUCACAUUUACAUAAAAUGGGAUUUAUUUGGCAACAGUGCGAGUAUAUAACGCAGGCGCGGUGCAUAUUAUCCAAACUUUCAUUGCUUUCUCCCUUUCAUUGACAGGAGUUUCUCUCUCUACCAGCCUUCUAAGAUUAUGAUUAUCAACUCUAUGAUCAAUACAAAUAUCAUAAAAUCAUAAAAUUAUUGACAAAAAUGAUCGACACUUAACAGUGUUAGGAAUCAACAUUCCUACGACACCUUAGCUGCGUCACGAGCCUUUCAAAUUUUGCUUAAUACCUCGUUCAGUAACGAUCAAAUCGACAUAAGCAACCUGUUGAUCGUCUAGUUGAGAUUUUUCAUUUAUUGAGUUCACAAUAGAUAGAUUGCUGAUUAUCUGGUUGAGGUUCGUUCCUCAUUUAUUAUAUCGGUAGAAGUCAUCAUCUGUGUUAUAUUGCUGUUCUCACUUGCCGUUCUGUAUAAAAUUGUACCGUCAUCAGAAUUGCCGUCUUGUAACAUCUGUUCUGUAUUGUUUCUAGCAACCCGUUAAAUGGCGGAAUUUAUUACGUUGUCCUGCUGUAAUUAGGCACGUAUCGGUCUGCCUUGUCCAAGUGAUAAAUUCAAGCUCCUCAAACUUUGAUUUUUUAAAUGAAGCAAUAGCGGUGGGCCAUUAUUAAUAUGGGCGAUCCAAAGUAAUAAAUUUAUGAAUUUGAUCGAUGCUCCUAGCCAUUAUUCAUAAUGAGCGGCCCAUAUUAGUAAUACGACUCAGUAAAUCAAGUUGUCCUUAACACAUUCAAUGCAAAAUUUAGUAUCGCAAUAUCUGAGGAAUGGUGAUUCCUAAGAAAAAAAUUAUAAGGACCACUUUUGUAGAUAAUUCUAUGAUUUACAAUUUAUGACUGACGUAUUUUUUGAGAAAAAUCUAAAAAUCGGACAUUUUGACAUUCGACCUUAAAUAACUUUUUUAGUACACUUGGGAUCGAUAAAGACUUUUGACGCUCUAUUUCUGGUGUGCACCCAGCUUCUCCACCACAAAAUCCAGCUCUGUCGAAAUUUUUAUUGAUCACUAAUUUAGUUCUAAUUUAACCGGAUUAUUAAAAACUCGGCAAGGUCAAAUGAGUAAAAUAAAUAACGCGAUCAAUAGAAAUGCUUGUAGUGCGUUGUAUUUCGAAACUGAACGUAAAUAUUUGCGGCACAAAUUGUGGUUUGGUCAAAUAGACACUGCCGGACACUCGAAACACUGUUUUUUCUAUGAGCGUGCGAAAAACAUAGGACAUAGAACUGAGGAAAAAACUAUAAAAUUAACGAUCGUUAAUUUGUAUCAUAAAAAACAAAAAAUAACUACCCCACUUUUUAUUAUUAAUUUUAAUUUUCAUUAUCACCUUUUCAAAGUGGUAAAACGGACUUAUUUGUUUUAAGUUGGUGCUACUAUGCAUAAUGCGUAGUAGUUUUCAGUACUAGUGGCGUACAAAAGCUCAUUUAAUCCGCUUUUAAACUGUAUAAUUGUUUUUAUACAGAGUGGUAAACCGGAGACCGCAUUAAAAUAUAAAUUCAGCACAGUGAAGAAAAUGCCUUUUUUUCACAAGUAAGUUGCAUAGUUCGUUUUUUGGACAAAAAAAUAUUUUGCUUUGCUUUUGAUUUCUUUGUCCCUUUUUAAUAUUCGACCCCCUCAAUUUUCAACAAUUUUUCACUGUUUGGGCUUUAACUUGCACAGGAAGGACUUGCUUCAAAAGUGGUAGAAAUCAUUUUUGAGUUACCAAUACAAUACCAAUUAGGUAUGAAGGAACGCAGCAGUUAUUCACAAUUUGGAUACACUAACCCGAAAUAUACUUUUAAAAAAUGGUAAUGCACUGUUUUCUUUCAUCUAUGAUAGCAACUUAUUGAAUACAUUCAUUAAUUUUUUUGUUCUGUCUGCAUUUCAAAUUUUGAGAUAAACAAUGAAUGUUUUAAAGUUCAUACUUAACUUACAUCUAGUCAUAUUGAUGCACUUUUUUUACUCUUGUGAGGAUAAAAAUUAUAUACAGAUUUGAUGAAAAUUAGUUAAUAUUUCUAAUCGGAAUUAGCCAAUUAAAAUGAAUGUUAGUAAUAAUAUAAUAUUUAUACAGAAUCGACAUCAUAAAUGGCAUCUAAUGUUUAUCCAACACCCUGGAAAUCUAAUUUGUUUAAAAAAAAUCUUGAAAUCGAAAAUUGUUUUUUAGUUUAGCCUUUCAGAAUAUAUGUUUAAGUGUCGAAAAAAUAGAUCUUUGAAAACAGUCUACAUUUUUUGUUUUCGUCAAAUAUUUUCCAUGAGUGUUUCCAAACCCACUUCAGUUUAAAAUCAAAUCUUUCUCAAAACUAACAAAUUUUAUCAAAUACUGGUAUACAUUUUUUUCAUUUAUCUUUGUUUCUGCGUGCUCUGAAAACAAUAUCAUCUGAUUUUCUUCGACUGCGAAUUUUACAGGGAAAAUUUCUACCAAAAAGUUGUACACGUUUUUCUAAAAGCCUUUUUUCUACGUAAAUCAGAUACUGCAAUUUAUUAAUCAAUUUCUUUGGUAAUAAAUUAGCACUUGCUCUAAUUUCUUGUGAAAUUUGAAUAAUCAUCUGGUUAUAUAUAGCAUGUUAAAAUUCUCCUGUUAAGAACAUACGAUUUUUAAGGUCAUGGUUAACAUGCACAAAAAAGUUUCUUAUUGAUUGAUGAAUAUGACAAAAUAUCACCCAGAUUUAAUGUCAGUCAUAGAAAAUUACUAAACGUAAAACGAUCUUAGUGUACUUUAAAUGUUAAAGUUGACGACAAAACAAAGUUUGUCAAUUUAUUGAACAACAAAUUAACUCGAAAGUUAGGUAUGUAAAGUACGCUUAAACAAAACAAUAAUUAUUAUUUACUAUAAAUUUAGCCCAAUCAUGCUGAAACUGAGUGUAAUGCCCUUGGAAUUUAUAGAAUUUUUCUGAACUACAGAACACGAAAAAUGUCCACUCUUUAAAAUUUCGUAUUUACCAAUACUUACUUGGUAGUGUUACAUUAUUUGUUAAAAUAAUAACUAAUUUUUGUUUGGUAUUACAUAUAUUAUCAUUUUUAGUUUUCAUUAGUCAGCUCGAGCAAGAAUAAAUACCGGUGGUUCAAAACAAAAAAUAAGUAGAUAGUAGUAACAUCAAAAACUCCAUAGUGAUGUCGUAAGAUAAGGGAGAGGGUACAUGCUCAAGCCGGAGAAAAUCGUGCAUUAAAUCAACAGAUGUAGUGAAUAUCACAAUAUCUGUAACGAGAAUAUUAGAUACUGUUUUGUUAACCUAAAAUAUUAUUGUCGCAACAUUCUAUCCAGCAAGAAAACUUUCACAAUGGAAAUAAAUUAAUAAUAAACUGGAAUAAUAUAUUUAUCAACAUUUAUACAUGUUACUAAAUUAAAUAAUUAAAAAAAUAGAAUCAAAAUCAAUAACAGAAAGUAUUUUAUUAAAUAUCAAAUACAAAAAAGUGUCAAAAAUGCGUUAUUUUAUUUUGUGAGCUUGACGAUCAAAACCAGCGCACAAAGUAUUAGGAUAGGUUUUAACAAAUUGACUUUUUUGGCUUUGGAACUGCAUUAAAUUAGAAAACUUUUCCGAGUGGUGUGGCCUUUUUUGUCAAGGGUAUCCGAAUUUUAUAAUUCUGUGUGUUUGUUAGCGUCACAUAACAAAUAAUGCAAAUAAUGCUUUAUUUUAUAACAUUUUUAUGCACGCUACCAUCAUUUUUGUAUCAGAAACUAUGUACAUAAAAUGUACAGUCAGAAAACAUGCUUGUCAUUAGUGCAUGGUGACAUAGAUUUUUGUCCAGGAAAAAUAAAUUUUAUUUUUAAAAAAUGUUAAUCUAUUUAUUAGAAAUUUUAUAACGGUUUUAGUUGGCAUAUUUGGAUGUCUUGGUGAUACCAAUGUAAAUAUUUAAGCGGUUAUUUUAGCUUAGUUCUUAUUUUGUUGAAAUCUGUUGUUGGCAUUUAUUUUUGUACUUAGUAUACACAAGCAGUUUUUAUAUUCAUAUUUAAACCACAGAUAUGUUGUUAGAAUCAAGGUGGUUUAAUUAUCUACUUUGGCGUGUUUUGCACAAGUGACGAACAACGUCGGCAAAAUUCAUAACUUACGCAAGCAUACAUAACACAAGCUGCUUUGAAACGGAGUGGAAUUUGAUACCAACUCCUAAAUGGACGUUUUAUUUCUUAUAAGUUUUCGAAUUUCUGUUGCUUUUUUAAUUUAAGAAACCAAUCAAAAAAAUGAUUGCAAAGUAGCGCUAAACUAUUUUUGACUUUUUAAGCCUUAAAUAAAGUGUUAUCCCAAUGGUUUUGUUACAGACAAUAUUUUUGAUAUAUAAGUGCUGUAGCAAAACAUCUUAAAUAUGUACAUAUUUGUUGCGUAAAUUUACCUAGGUUAUUAAAAUGUAUAGUAUUUUUGUACAUAAAAUAAAUUGCUGAU